AUGCACACCACGCCGUCGCCGUCGCUCAAACAAGGCCGUGGCAGCAUGUUGGCGUCCCGUUGGCUCUGCGACCAUCACCGAACUGUAGUCUAUCAAAUCUGGUUCCAGGCCGUCGGAGUCGUACUCAUGCAUGAUGGGUUGGAGGUGCAGUCGGCCAGCUGGUCGGUUGGGUUGCGUCGCCGUCGAUGCCGUGUCCCGCAAAGCAACCCAUCGUUCACCAGCAGCACCUUUGGCUCUCACGAAAGGAUGCACACGGCGCGUCGACGGGAGGUGUCGGUGUGCUUCUUCGGCGCCGCUGCAUGUGCGGAAGCCUGCCCCCACGGCGGCGCAUCCCUCGACCAGGAGCAUGGAAGGACAUGCUCAGCGCAUGCUCGGUCCUCCCCGUGGCCGUCGACAAAGCUUCGCCCUUUUGCUGAGAGCAGUUGGCAUCGGCCUGUACGCAAUCUUGCGCCAUGCGUCCCCGUCUGUUGCACAGCGGCUGAAGAGAGAAGACGCUCGCGUCCGACGGCGUCGCACAAUACGACAGGCACCGCGUGCUCCUCAGCAGAUUCGAAUUGCAACGGUAGCGCACUCGUCCCGAUGGCGUGGACAAACGAUAACUGCGCGCGUCCAGCGGCGGUCUCUGGGCCGUGGGGUUGGUGCUUGAUUCUUGAAACAUGCCGUCGCUGUCUGAGGAGGGUAGGGUAUCCGUGUUUAGUACCGACAAGUCGACCUUUGCUCCGACCCAGCAACAGCUGUUCACGCAGACAUCAGGCCACAGACGCUCCUCUCGCCUCUCGCCUCUCGCCUCUCGCCUCUCUCCCGCCAGGCAAGAUGGGUGGUGGCUGGCAGUGCGUGUAG